AUGAAGGUUCUUCGGUUCAAUCAAGACGCGACAUGCUGUUCGGUAGCAACCUCUCCAAAUACCCUAUGCAUUUACAACUGCGAUCCUUUCGGGAAAUGCUUUGAAUUGGAAAGCGGCAGCAGAAAUAGUAGUAGAGAUGAUCUCACGAUAUAUCAAGCAUCCUCUGAAGAGAACUUCAUUAUCGAGAUGCUAUUUUCUACAAGUUUGAUUGCUGCUGUUGACAAGAAUCAAGGCUUCCAGAAAAGCAGAAAGCUGAAGAUAGUGAACACAAAAAGGAAAUCAACAAUAUGCGAGCUUACAUUCCCCCACGAAAUCAUCGAAGUUGUUAUGAAUAGGAAGAGAAUGUGCGUUUUACUCUCUAGUGAUCAAAUAUUUAUCUACGAUAUCUCGUGCAUGAAGUUGUUACAAACUAUUGAUGUCUUGGAAGGUUUAUCGAACCAAGGACAUGCUUCUAAAUCUCAAGGGUCAGAGAGCGGCAGAUCAAGUGUGAAGAUAUCAUUGAGUAGCAGUGAUGAUAGAAGCAUUCUUUGCUACACUGCUGUUUCGCGUUCUACUGCAGAGAAGCAGUUGGUCAACAAUAUAGUGGUUUUUGACGCUCUGAAUGUAACCCCUAUAAACUACUUGAAUGCAGUCCAUAAAGGCAAUAUUAAGUGCUUAACAGUAAGUCACAAUGGAAAACUUGUGGCAACAGCAUCGGAGAAAGGCACUAUUAUACGUGUCUUGCAAACUGGCGUCGAUUCAGAUUUCGAUGCAAACAACCCUCUCCUAUAUGAGUUUAGACGAGGUACAAGACCCAGUGUGAUUCAUGAAAUCAAAUUUAAUCCGCAAUCCACGUAUAUUGGAUGUGUCGGGAACACGGAUACAAUUCACAUUUUUAAAUUACCCCAAAAUAAAAAUAUUGAGGAAUAUGGUACUGAUAGCGGCAGCUCACUUAUCGACAGCAAAUUUGGUCGAGAGUCCUCCAAACAGCUGGCAACCUUCAUCUCAAAACGGGUUAUUUCUCGCAUACCAAGCCAGAAUUUAGCAAGGGAUUAUGCCCAUAUUAACGUUACAGAAAACGUAAGGCAUAGCAUUGGCUUUCCUGAAGAAUUUCCAAAGCAAGUAUAUGUUGCUGGAGACGAUGGUAAGCUUCAAAUCUACGAAUUGCCAACUGCUCCUGGGGAAUGUAUAUUGGUUAAAAAUAGUAAAUUCUUAGCAUAG